AAAAACAAGAGCUAGUAGUACCAACUUGAAAUCAAAGUCAAUAAAAAUGGCGGCGUUAACUAAAGUGAUAUACGGUAGUAAAUUAAAUAAUGUAGUUAAAUUAUUAACAAAUUUAUCUAUUAAAACUGAAACAAUAUCAGUUGCAAUCCCUACUUGUAAUUUGAUAUCUUUUAAUAAAUCUUCUUUUAUACAUACAACGUCAAAGCAUAAUGAUGCAAAAAAUUUAAUGGAAUUUUUUGAUGAUGAAAAAAAUUGGGGAAAACGUAAAGUACAAGUUGGACGUGCAUGGAAACUUGAUGAAUUAAGAAUAAAGAGUAAUGAAGAUCUUCAUAAAUUAUGGUAUAUUUUGCUAAAGGAACGAAAUAUGUUAUUAACAAUGGAAGAAUUGUAUAAAAUAAAAUAUGAAAUUUUUCCCAAUGAUGAACGAAUGGAUAAAAUUGAAAUAAGUAUGGAAAAUUUAGAAACUGUUGUUCGAGAAAGAAAUAAAGCUUAUCAUUUACUUGAAACUGGAAAAUCAGGCGAAAGACCAGCAAAUGUCGUGAGAAAUGCAAUUGGCAUACCAUUUGUUUAUCGUUUUCGUCAAUAUUCAAUUCCGAAAUUUGUCAAUACAAAAUGGAAAAAAGAACAUAUACAUAGUAAUAGAGGCAUAGCAGUAGCAAAAUUCUUGAGAUUAUAUCAGGAGAAAUUUCAUAAUCAAAGGCGAAAAUUUAGAAAUUACGAGGAAAAUCAAGUUGCAUGCAUUUUACGCAAUUUCCCUAAUCCAGAUAUGGAAGCAAUCAAAGCAAAAUAUCCAAAAGUUGAUAUAGCUAAAGUUUUAAGAAAAAAGAAUAGAAGUUCUCAAGGACAUUUUAUUCCAUCUUGGUGGGAUUCUCAUAAUCAAUAAAUUAGGUAUUAAAAUAUAUUUUCUUUAUUACUAUAAAUUUUUUUAAAAACAUUUAUUAUACACAAAAAGCUAAAUAAAAGUUAGAAUUUUAAAAAAAAGUCAA